AUGUUGGUAGUUGUUGCUGGCACAGAUUCUGAGGCCAGUCUGUGUCAGUCUGCCUCAGGACAGACGUGGCCUGUGUCAGUCUGCCUCAGGACAGACGUGGCCUGUGUCAGUCUGCCUCAGGACAGAUGUGGCCUGUGUCAGUCUGAUGAACCAGAGGUGCUUUGCUCAGAGGCACAGGGGCAGAGACCCAGACCCAGGCUUGGACUUGAUCCAAAAGCAGGAUCCAAGAUGUCGCCCAGGAGAAUGCUGCUGCUGCUCACAGCGGCGACCCUGAUGCCCUCGGCCCUCUGUGCUCCGUCCAGCGGGGCCCAGGCGGUGUCCUGUCUGACCCGAGCCGCGGACCUGAAUCUGAACCAAGACCAGGACCAGACCGUCCUUUGUCCCACCGACUGCGCCCAGUGGAGAGUGUCCGUGUUCGGGACCAAAGUGUUCGCAUCAGUGUCCUCUGUGUGCGGAGCCGCAGUGCACAGUGGUCUGAUUGGAGCCUCUGGGGGCCCCGUGCUCCUGAAGAGGAUCCAGGGGCCUCAGAGCUACAUGGGCUCCUACUCAAACGGGAUCCAGUCCCAGCACCUGUCCCGCUGGACCUCCUCCUUCACCGUGUCUCAGCCGCUGAAGGAGCCGCAGGAGUUCAGCAGCCAGACCAGCACCACGGCUCUACCAGCAGAAGAACCAGCUAAAAAGUCUCUGAAGAAAGCGGUGAAGAAGGCUCUGAACGGAGGAAACAAAGACUGCCAGCUGGACGUGGUGGUGGUCCUGGACGGAUCCAACAACAUCGGUCGCAGACGGUUCAAUCUGCAGAAGAACUUUGUGGUGCGUUUGGCCUCGUUCCUGAAAGUGGGACCAACGGGACCUCACGUGGCUCUGGUCCAGGCCAGUGGAAAUCCAAAGACUGAGUUCCUCCUUUCAAACUUCACGCAGCCCAAAGAUCUACUGUUCGCCAUCAAGGAGGUGUCCUACAGCGGAGGGGACACCAACACGGGGAAGGCCAUCAUUCACGCUGCUGAGUCCCUCUUCCUUCAGGACCAUGGGGGACGGAAAGGCCACCCACGGGUCUUGCUGGUCCUGGUGGACGGUUGGCCCUCAGACGAUCUGGCCCAGGCCUCGGUCCUGGCCCGAGAGUCUGGUAUCAACGUCUUCAUGGUCUCUGUGGCCAAACCAUCAGCGGACGAACUGCCCAUGGUCCCAGACAAGGACUUUACAAGCAAGGCCGUGUGCAAAGAUAACGGACACUUCUCGUACUCGAUCCCCAGUUGGUUCAGCGCCAACAAACACGUGAAAACUCUGACGCAGCGACUCUGCACUCUGGACAACCUGCUCUGUAGUAAGACUUGCUUCAACAACAUAAACUUGGGCUUCCUGAUCGACGGCUCGUCCAGUGUGGGAGACUCGAACUUCCGGACGGUUCUCCACUUCCUGGCUGGAAUCGCAGAUCAUUUUGACAUCUCAGACGUAGGAACUCGAGUCGGAGCUGUGCAGUUCACUUAUGACCAGCGUCUGGAGUUUGGUUUGUUUGAUCACUCUGAGAAGCAGCAGGUUCUGAGCGCGCUCACAAACAUCUACUACAUGAGUGGAGGAACAGCCACCGGGGCCGCCAUCGACUUCGCCUCGCACCAUCUGUUCAGGUACCAGCAACCAGCACACCAGGUACCAUAUGUUCAGUUACGAACAGUUCAGGCACCAGUGGUUCAGGUACCAGCAGUUCAGGUACUGAUACAGCUGAUCGACAGGCAGACUUAUGGAAGAAUACUCUGCGGAUCAUGA